AUGACUUGUGGCUCUUGUGUACCUUGGAGUCACUUCCGCUUUUCACAUUACCUUACCCUCGUUGCCGUCGCAGAUCCAACACUAAACUCCGACAGGCGUCCAGUUCCCAUUGCCUUCAAUUGCCUGUUCCCGUUCAAUUUCUGGUCAAUAGAAUGGGUCGGCCUUGUAAAACCAUCGAGAAAGGACUGGGACACAACAUGCAUACCGUCUGUGGGACCAUGGAAACCUAUUGGAAGUGACUAUUCGGAAUGUAAUGCAUCUCGUAUUUCCCAGGCGACAGCUUCAUCACCCAUAGGUAAAGGACAUGUGUUGCCAGUAACAGCUGCUAUUCCUAUCCUGGAAACACACGUAGAACAUUCUCAGGUCGAAAGCCACCAUCAGGAACUUCACUACUCUUGGACGGACCAGUGCGUCCCUGUAAAUCGUUCUUUCUGCAUAUUAUGCAUAGAGAAGGAAGCAAAUCUCGGCGCAGGCCGUAGUCUACGUGUAUCGUUUUCGACAGCUUCACGUUUGUUCUUGGACAUAAUUUCGUGA